AUGUCAUACGAGGAAAAAGUUAUACCUUUAGAGAGAAUUGUAAUUAAUGAUACAUCAAAUGAUAAGAAAGAACAAAACGAUAUAAGUGAUCCAUAUGAAAAUACUUCCUUCAAAAUAUUCAAAGCCGAAAUAAGCCAAAAUGGCGAAAGUGUUGUUACUUUAUCUGAAUCCAUAGAUGAGGAAAAAAAUAUUGUAGAAAAACAUGAACGAUUGCACGGAACUGGAAACGGAAUUAUUAAAUUUCUUGAUGAGGACGAACUUAUCGUAUUACGACGAAAUGACUUUAGAAAAAUAUCUUCCAUUGAUCAAGGCACUAAUACCGAUUAUCCUUAUCCACCACCAAUGCACAAAUUGGCAAAAAAAGAUACAAUAUCCGAAGAAAUCGUUGAAUGCAGAUUGAAGAAUUGCGUAAUAGAUCAUUACUUGUUUUCCAUCAGUUGUAGAAAAAGCAACAAAAUCGAAGCAUAUAAUCUCAAAACAGGUGAACUCGAUAAAUUGUUUAAUAUUAUAAACGACAAAUAUGCCUAUCAUGAAGAUUCCAAGUUUGAAUACAAUAACCCUAAGAUCAAGCGAUAUGAAAGUUUGCCUGUGUUUGCA